AUGACGUGUGCAUGCCUUCAACGAACCUCACUGUCUCGCAGGCAACCUGCCUUGAGGAUACACAGACGAGAUCUUUCGACGCAGUCCUUGUACUUACCGGGCUUUCGUGAGACGUACGUGGAUGAUAGAAUGGUUGAAAAAGGGGUGCGAAGGCUCGCGCCGAUGAACAAGCCAAACUCCCUCUACGACUCGACACCACAGCGUUGUGCGAGCUGUCCGCGAGCAGGAGCAGUCACGCAACCACACGGACGGCUACACCGCCGGUCGCUCUACUCCCUACGCGGCGGCAGCCUCAGUGGCACUACAUCUUGGGCGGGGAGCUCGUAUCGACUCUCUCGCCAAGCCCACCAUCCCGUAAUUGCCAGAUCAUCCCUCUCGUCUGGUCAACCAUAUGCCUCGGGUGACAGGCCUUGGAGCUGGAGCGAAAUCUUGGAGCAAGUCCGCAGUGGGUUCUUUCCCGGCUCAAUAUCAACAGACGUAUUGCAUAUAUCGCCGGUCGCUCGCCAUCGGGGCAGGCUGGCAUUGAUUUGCUGCCUUUCGUUCCCAUCCGGUUGCACCAUGACGACGUGUGCAUGCGAGGCCGAACCCCUUGAGCGUACGUACGGUGUGCGACUGAGUCGGACUCGGUUUGUACCUGCCAAGUGCAUUGUGCGAGACGAGGCCGAACCGGGCAACGACGUUAGAACGAGCCUGAACAGGACAUACUCACAUACACUACGGCCUGUAGCGCUGCAGGUUGCAGUCCCAUACGUGCAAGUCCAAACGAACCACUUUGACAAAUGUUCCGCUUGACCGGCGUCAAACUUAGCAUAGAGUUGAGCUGAAGUUACAUCAUCACACUUUGGGUAAUGGAGUUGAGUCCGCUGAGGUAUUUCGCCGUGACUAAAGGCAAUGCAGACCGUCGACAACACAUCCAAGAUUGCACCGCACGGAAGAAUAGCCCGCUCCGCGAAGAAGGGGGCGGGAUGAACUGUUCGGCUGUAGAUCGUUUGGCAACCGCGGAGUGCUCAAUUGAGACGCGUGAGGUUGAGAAUUACUCCGCUUUUACAGCCAUGCCUGA